AUGGGAGCUUUGCAACAAAAGGAGAAGCAAUUACUGACAGGUAAAGGAGCAGUUGCCAAGAGCGUCUUGGAGGACAGGCAGGCAAAGCGACAGGUUGACGAUUUCCCUAGUGAGCAGAUUACCGAGGUGGAACAAGGAAGCCAGCGCUGGAGAGCAUACAACAGGUGUCCAGUCCUUAUUGUGGUCAUACGUGUGGACAUACAGCUGCAUGAGCCAAUGUAUAUACUGCUUUGUAACUUAUGUGUGAACCAGAUAAACGUCAGCACAUCGCUGUAUCCUCUUCUACUCUCACAGAUGUUUUCAGACAGCCAUGAAGUGACAUUGCCGUGGUGUUUUCUGCACAUGUCUUGCAUGUACACAAGUGGGCCUGCUGAGUUUUGCAGUUUAGCAGCCAUGGCCUAUGACAGAUAUAUCUCAAUCUGUCAUCCAUUACGCUAUAAUGUCAUUAUGAACACAGAGAGAGUGUUUUUCAUGAUUCUCUUCGUGUGGAUAUAUUCAUUCCUUAGUGUAAUACUAUCAUUCUCAUUCAUCUUCAGUUUGAAGUUUUGUGGAACUAUUAUUGAAAAUGUGUAUUGUAACCACAGAUUAAUACUUAGACUUUCAUGUUUCAUUUCAGUCCAUAGCUUUUUAUCUGAUAUAUUCUUUCUCAUUGUGAGCUUUUUCAUACCAUUCACUCUCAUUUCAGUCUCUUAUGUGAAAAUCUUGGCAGUUUGUCGAAAAACAUCCACAGAAAACAAGCAGAAAGCUGCGACUACUUGUGCCCCUCAGAUUGUCUCUGUGUCAAACCUGUUUGUUGGCUCAAUUUUUCACUCUAUUGAUUCCAACUUUAUAAUCACUCAGGUACCAAAUGAAGCCCGCAUAAUUUUACCUAUGUAUAUCCUCAUUUUUCAACCAAUGCUCACCCCGUUUCUCUAUGGAUUCAAGUUGCCAAAGAUAAGGCACUCAUGCAAAAGGCUUCUUUUGCAUGAGAAAAUCAAUAGCUUUGUUUUAGAGCAUCUCUGCUCUUUGGGAGACAUUCAUCAGUCAUCUUAUAGAUAA